AGCUACACGCCAUGCCCUCCGCCUGUACAACGCCGCAGAGAUGCCCUCGUACUUCCCUUUUACUCCACAGCAGCAGCCCGCAGCCCGCGUCCACAGCCCUCUUCUCGACGAUCCCCAUUUAGAACUUACAGUCACCCCUGCCGCAUCAGCAUUCUACGCAGGAGAGACCUUCUCUGUUACAAUCACUUUCCGCAAUACAAGGACCCCGCAUACUGACGCACCCAAAGCGCCUCUUUCCACGAACUCCACAUCUAGCCUUGCCUCCGCCACCUCUCAGAUACGGCAUUUCCCGUCUACCGACCCGCGACACUCACCUUCUGUUCCUCGGCUGCCUCGACGACUCAAUCAAAUAGGACCUGACCUUCCCGAGACACCCCUGGUGAGCGCUAGACGACAUGAGAGCGCCGAACUGGGUCCUUCACGUACAUCAUCGUCCGUCGUCUCCAUUCCUCAGUUCGCCACCGAGGACCUGGGCUAUCCGUAUAGCCCGGGAGCGAAUCCAGUUAAUCGAGCUCAUGGGUGGCAGAAAUCUCCUUCCCCUCAAAGGGAGGGACCGAUGAACUAUCGAAGUCCAGAUGGAUGGGGAAACCAAGAAUCUGAAUGUACAAUAAAGAGCAAUGGUCAUACUAGGCGGGCGAGAAGUUUGGCCCUUGGAAAGGGCACGAUGAGCCCGCAAGAGCUGGUAUGGGCUUUGGGCGGAGGGAAAGACACGCCUCCAGCUCUGCCGACGCGCCGCCCCCAAGGCGGGAUUCAAAUUCCAGCAAAACACCCUCAUUCUCGUAAAAUCUCAAUCGCCAAUACCUCCGCUCUUGAACGUUCCGGGGAACCUUCUAGAGAUUCUCCCGAGGUUUCAUCCCCGCCAUUGAUUUCUGUACCAGAGCGACCCUCAUCAGUAGCUAAAAACGGCAGCGCUUCUCUCUCCCAAUCUCGACAUCCGGCUGAUGGCGCAGUAACUAUCGAGCCAUACGAGACAUGUUCGUCGCCAACGGUAAAACCCUCACAUUCACGUGCUCCUUCUUAUCAGAAUGCCUAUGGUGCCUCUUACAUGGGUAUUAGUAAUGAUGACCUUCCUACCCCUCCCUCACAUCCCCAUGUUCGUGAACAUGCUCUAACUGAACCGAAAGGGACAACGACAGUGCUCUGGGCGUAUACUCGUCUUGUAGGACAUUUUCACCCUUCGAUUGCUUAUAUACCUCCAGAUCCUCUACUGCCGCUUCGAACUGCAUUGUUACACCAGCCCGUCGGGUCAGGGUCGCUCUCCACCCCAUCACAGGACUCGUCAGGAAAUGUCGCUGGCAGACCCUCUGGCUCCUCACGUUGGCAGCUUAGUUUUGGAACUGGUACAAUCGGCAAUUCAACUCAACCAAGUCUGACAGGUAGUUUAUUCGGAUUAGCAAAGGAUCUAGUAACAGGUGGAAGUGGGGGAAGUCUAGAGGAAGAACGGAAAAGAGUCUGGAACUUGAAGGAUCUACCGGUGCUAGAGACAACUAGAAGUCUGCUUGCCGUCGAUAUGAAGCUGAAAGAAGGGGAAACUAAAGAGUUCAACUACACGCUACAACUUCCAACAAAUCUUCCCCCGGCUCAUCGAGGUCGAGCCUUUCGAUUUUCUUAUGAUCUUGUGGUAUCCCUCAGCGUGGCCUUGCCCGGAGGUGAUCAUCGGCAAAAGUCCAAGGACAUCGUCGUGCCAAUCCGGGUAUGGGCCAAUGUAUCCCUGGGGAAUCCGUUGCGCACAUAUGAUGUCCUGAAACCGAUCAUACAAAAUAAGGACGAGGGGCACGUCGAAGACGUUGGAAACUCUGUCGACUUUCAAUCGCCUUAUGUACGAGAGGGAAGGGCCCAAAUUCCUGUGCAACGGAGACAGACAAAUAUACCAGAUCAGCUUCGUAUUAAGUCUGUAGACACUAGCGAAUCUCUUCAAGCGUACGCAUUGCAUCUACUCGAAAUUUUGAAUGAUGGCGAGAUAAACACCCUCCCGCUUUCACCCAGUACGCCGAAGUCGCUCCAUCGACUUCGAACUUCGUCUCCGUCAUCCCCUGCAUUUUGCAUCCCGAUCCUGCCUCCUGUUCUCGCUAGUCAACCCACGGAGCUACUAGACAUACCCUCUUCUGCAAGCCGUCUGCAAGACCGGAAUAUCAGACUGAAAGAGGAUAACUUUAUUGAAGGCGACAAUGGGUUAUCGGACGAAAUGGGUGAUGCUGAAAGUUGCGGAGAAGCGGUUGAAAUCCUCAGUCGACAUUCUGCUAAAGCUUCCUACGAUAUUGAAAAGAAUGGAGAGUCUGUGGCGAUCCUUACGCUUGUGAAAACUACAUAUAGAUUGGGGGAAUCCGUACUCGGUAUAGUAACAUUCAAUAAGCCUCAAACGCCUUUUCCCGUUCUCAAGUUCUCGGCCUAUCUCUUUUCCCAUGAACUUAUCCCUGAGCCUCUCCUUCCACCUUCUCUUUCCUCAAGAGGCUCAGCCCAGCCCCCCCUUUACCGAUUACACGCAGAGCAUCAUACCCUCUACGCCCUGAGUGCCCAGAGGCUAGCCUUUUCGCUUGACAUACCGUCAGAUGCAACGCCAGCGUUCAAUUUGGCGGCCGGCGAGGGGGAAAAGGGUGGCUUACAAUGGAAACUGAAGUUGAAUUUCACUGUAGGGGUACCUCCUCGUGAUUGGAAAAGAAAGACAGGCGAGAGUAAUCUAAAGUCUGAGAGUGACGUCGACACAAAAGGGACAAUGAAGAGCUCAGGAGUCCAUCUGUUGCCCAUUCAGCGUUCUCGAAACAUCGACGAGGGAGACAACAUAUUUUAUUCUGCUUCGACGGGUAUCACUCCUAUGAUUCCUCGACACCGCCAAAACGCGUCGUCAACCAGCGGUAGCAAAAGUGAUGUGAAAAACGAAGAAGCUGUUAACUGGUACGAAUCAAGGACCGAGUCUGUAGAAUGUGAAGUGCCCGUCAGAGUUUUGGCAGGCAGUACGGCUUUCCUUGUCAGGCCCUUAGUCUACGCAGUCUGAGGCUAAAACGAGAUUAUGAUAAACAAUAAUGAUAGGGGGAAUUCGGAAGAAGGCUAGAUUCGUAUUAGCUAUUACCUACAUGUGACGACGAGUAGUAUUCUACUGCCAUAAUGAAGCAUCAAAAUCAGAUUCUUAUUUAUGAACACUCACUAUCAUCAUGUAUUAUGUAUGGUCGG